AGAUCGAUGUCAUGUUGACGCUUAUUUAAAAAAAAAAAAGAAGAAACGAAACCUGUUUAUUUAUAGUAGGUGUCACAUGCCAAUGUCACGUAGAUGACAUCACUAAUUAUAAUGUGCUUUUUAUACUUUUCAGCGGAAACAUCUGAAUUGAACAGAUGGAAAAUCGUAGUGUCAUUCUUUUUAUAUAUAUAAAUGAAUAUAAGCUAAGUGCUAUUUCACCACAAACUUACAAGGGCCAACCAAGUUAUUCAAUAUGUGAUUACCUAAGGAGGGAAAUGACUAAAAAUGAGUUCAAGCCUUCACCUAUAAGCUCAGUGUCCUCAGAAUCCCCAACGACCUCUGAUCCCACAUCUUCCAGCUCAGAAGAAGAGACACACCUCAUUCAGCCAGGCAAACGGAAAAACUACGGAAACACACGUGAUGUCUAUGAAUUGGCAGACGUGGCGUCCUGCUGUUUUUGUGAUGUUGACACUUUGUUACUCAUCUUCUGCUGCUGUUUCAUGAUUCACAAGAUGUAAGGCACUGAGAAACUGUAGUUCAAUUCAUCUGAUAGUCCAGUUCAACAAGAGAUCUGUGCUUUGUUCGUUCUCAGGAUUAUUUAGUAGCUUUUCUUUACUUUUAGUUUCAAUAUUAAAAAUAAAAAAUUGGCUACAAAGAGAGUGGAGGCGCGGUGAAGCGCUUGACUUCGGAACCGGGAGAUCAGGGGUUCGAUUCCUGGUGAAGACUGGGAUUUUUUUCAUCGGGAUCUUUGGGCGCCUCGGAGCCCACCCAGCUUUAAUGGGUACCUCACACUAGUUGGAGAAAGGAAAAGGCGGUUGGUUGUUGUGUUGGCCACAUGACAUCCUCGUCAACCGUGGGACACAGAAACAGAUGCUCUUUAAAUCAUCUGCUCAAUAGAUCGCAAUGUCUGAAAGGGGAACUUUAAUUCCUUUUUUUUUUUACAAAGAGAGUAUGUAAAAACAACAACUCAGAAGCGGCCCCCGAAGUGGUCUACCCAUGCCAGUAAAAAGGCAGGUUUCAAUGUUUUCUGUACGGAUGUCAGGAGCCAAGGACUAUCAACCACCACAACCAUCUCCGUCCAUACAAAAUAGACGUAUGCGUGUCAACAGUGUUACCGAUAGGAUUGUAUUGGUAGGCGUGCUGGCAGCAUGAUACUUCACAACAUAUACUAAUGUUUUUGUAAUGUUACUAUUCAUAUGCAUUCAAAGAACUAAUUGUAAUGAAGAUAUGGUUCAGUGUGAAUCUGGGCUAACAUAUUUUAUUAUUGAUCCUCUAAUUAACGGUUGGUGAAGACUGAAGGGUCAUGAAUGAGUGCUAAUCAUGUGUAUGCUGAUAAUAAAUAAAACUUGACAUACCUUAUUAAAUCUUGUUUUAAAACAUAUUUGAGUUACAUACAUACAAACUGCACUAUUUUUUUUAAAAACAUAUAGUCUCAAUUAACUAUAGCUUGUAAAACAGAAAA